GAUCGGUGAAAUGUGUUCAUUAGAGAUGAAUGGGAAAACAGCAUCUCAAGUUGAUCAAAGAUGCAGUGGAGAGGGUAUUUCCAAUAUACUGAUUCGUCAAUAUGAGAAAAAGGACUACACUGCUGUCAGACAAAUGUUUACAAGCUGCUUUACGGAACUUGUAUCACCAGCCUUCACAUGGACAAUGAAACAGCCAAGCACAGUUACUAAACUGCUAGUAUGUAGCUUUGUAAUGUACAUUGUGACACGGUCAUUACUCUUUAGCAUGUUGGCAGUUGUAGCUUUGGUUUGCAUCCUGUAUUAUGCAUGUCAAAGACUUUAUACAGAUUUUGUUAAAUAUAAACUGCAGACAGAUCUGUCAAACAUUGAAAGCCAUUACUUGGAUCGACCAGGAGCUUCUUUUUGGGUGGCAGAGACAGCUGGCAAGGUGAUCGGUGCUGUUGCAGUAGCACCAUGUGAUGAAAAUCGAUCAGCCUGUGAGCUGUUUCGUUUAAUGGUACUACAAGAGUUUCGCCACUGUGGCAUAGCAAGUGAGUUAGUUCAAACACUGCUGGCAUUCGCAGAAGAUUAUGGGUACAAAAUGUGUCAGCUGCAUACAAGCAACAUACAAUUCCCUGCAAUAAAGUUGUAUGAGAAAAUGGACUUCCAGUUAAAAAGUCACUGCACAUUUACUCAAGCCAACUCUUUCACCUUUCUUCUUCCACUGUUUGUAAUAAAAUUUGAGAAAAAUUUGGGAAGCAAACCAUCAUCUUGUGUAAGAGCAAACUAGUAAUUUAUUAUUCAAUAAUAGUUUUUAAGCACUGAUACUUUUAAAGAUAUGAAGUCUAUUGGCAAUUUUUUCCUUAGUUGGUGUUUUAGGUCUAAAAUGACUCUUGUCUUUAUUUCAUCUUUUAUAUUUCUUGUAGUACAAGAAACACUUCUUUCACAGCUAGUACUACACACACACACACACACACAC